CGGAAUUCUUCGAUCGAGAUGUUUGAUGGGACGGUGGGCCGCCGGCCGCGCGUGAGCUUGGCAGGCAAGAGACCAUCCGCGAAGGAGAUGUCCAAGCACGACUUUGUUGCAGCUGCACGGGAAGAGCGUAUGAAACGAGCCCAAAACCGCCUCCUCCAAGAGAUGAGCAUCAAGCUCCAAGCAUGGUUUCGGGGAUGCCGCUCUCGCAACCUCACUCGCAUCGCGUUCCAGCAAGCCGUCACUGCGAAAUGCAACGACAUCGAAACUCUCCAACGAUUGUACACCUUUGAGGUUCCGGUCCCCGUGCUCACUCGUCUUCUCCAAGAGACCAUAUACGUUGGGCAGCUGUGGCCACCGACGAACGAUGGUUCCGUGCCCAGCGCUGUCCUACGUUUUGUGCAACAAUCAUGGGUCACACUCCAGUCCGAGUGGGCGAAAACCCCGUCGAGUAUGCGGGAGUGGAGCUGCCGUAUAUCGUCACUCUGCUCGCUUGUGUUGCGCCAUCGACCGACAGACUUGGCGGAAUUCAUUCCAGUCGUCGCGCACUCCCUUCCCCAGGCGCUGUACCGCUGGUCCAUCUUUCCAUCGUAUGGAUUUUUUGAUGCCGUAGUGGAAGCAUGGACGAGAGAUCCCCACCACCAGUUUCUGCAGCUCGUUCCACACGUCAGCUCGCUGGUGCACACAUAUGCGCUACACGCCAAGUUUGCGACCGUUCUCAUGUCGCUGCCGCUGAGCGCCCAGCAACCCACCUUGAAACCUUGGCUUGAACAAUCGUUCCUUCACCUGCCAGCCACAUCCUCGUGGGUGACAUCGCCAUGGAAUCAAGCAGUCGUUGUGGGAAACUUGGCCGACCUCAUCAGUUCGCCAGGAGGCCAUGCGAAUACCUCUGGGCUCGAAUUGCUUGCGACGUACGCAUCUGACGCGAUGUUGUCGUUUGCAUUUGGCCAGCAACAACACGCUGAUCACCGUGGACCCACCGCGGCCGUGAUCGCCGCUGACCCGUCGCUGUGCGAGGCCGUGCAAGCCCAAGUUCAGCUGCUCGCGUCGCGGUCGUUUGUGCUAAAGGUGUGGUCGGCAGCACUUUCAGCGUCCUCACCGGUCUUCCUCCACUCGAUCGCUCAAAUCUUUGCUUCGAUGAUCAUCCUGCUGCCCCCGUCGAGUCCUGCGUUGUCGACAGUGCUCUUUACCUUGUCCAGUUCGACCAUGCUUUUGCAAAUGUUUGAGAAUUUGAGUCCGUCGCCGGCGUACUCGCCGCACUGGGUCGUCUUUUGUGCAUCCUUGGGGCACUACCUGCACACUGCCGACGAUCAGCAUUUUUCGAGCCACUUCCCUCCCCGCGCCGCCCUCACCGCCCUCUUGAACCAAGCGCUGUACGGCCUCCUGUGGGUUGAAUCCCUGCCGGCAUAUACACGUGCUUUUGAAGCUCAGUUGACGCACAUGAUCCAUGUGUUCAACGAGCUCUACGUCCGCCACGCCCGCGUUCCGUUUUGCCCAAACGAGCACUGGCUGUGGCCGACUCUGGCGAUUCCGACGGACAUCAUGCAAUCGCUCGACUUGGACGACGACGAGCCGCUGACCGUGCAAGUCUGCUUUGGCACGAACAGCCGCGUGAAGCUCCAAUUUGUGCUGACGACACUGCCCCAAGUCGUGCCGUUCGAAGCGCGAGUGUCCCUCUUCCACUCGUACUUGCUUCUGGAUAAGCAAACCGUCCCGAGUCGACACGUGUUUGCGUCACUGAUUCCACUCCGCAUUCAACGCGAUCGCAUCGUGCAAGACAGCUUCCAGGGGUUCCAAGCGGUCGAAUCGCUCAAGGGCCGCAUGCAGAUCACAUUUAUCAACGAACAAGGGCUCGAGGAAGCGGGCGUCGACGGCGGCGGUGUCUUCAAGGAGUACAUCGACACGCUGACGAAAACCGCGUUCUCCACCGAGUUUCCGUAUUUUCGAGCAACCGACGAUCGGUUGCUGUACCCAAAUCCACUCGCGCACGUGGUGUCGGACGACGCCGUCGCGCACUUUCGUUUUCUCGGCCGCGUCCUCGCCAAAGCCGUCUACGAAGAAAUCCUGAUCGAGCCGCAGUUUGCGCUCUUCUUUUUGAAAAAGCUGCUUGGCCACUUCAACACGCUGGACGACUUGCGGUCGCUGGAUGCCGAGAUGUACCGCCAUAUCGUCGAGCUCAAGUCGAAUCGAGACGUCGAGGCGCUCGGCCUCACGUUUACUGUGGCGUCGGGACCGAGUUCUGUGCAUGAAUUGGAGCCGGGUGGAAGUCUCGUCCCAGUCACCAACGACAACGUGAUUCGAUACAUCCACAAGUUGGCCGAUUUCAAGCUGAACGCGCAAAUUGCAGCCGCGAGUCGGGCGUUUUUGCAAGGAUUUCACGACUUGAUCCCGACCACGUGGCUCCACUUGUUUAGCCCCGCGGAGCUCCAAAUGCUCAUCGGGGGCUCCAACUACGACGUGAAUGUGGACGACUGGCGAGCCCACACCAACUACGGCGGCGGGUACCAUCCGUCCCAGCCCUUGAUUCAAUGGUUUUGGGAGAUUGUCACGGAAUGCACCCCAGCCGAACGCGGGGAUCUCCUCCGCUUCAUCACGAGCUGUUCGCGGCAGCCGUUGCUCGGAUUCAAGCAGCUCAGUCCAUGGAUAUGUAUCCAGCAAGUCCGUGUGCAGGACGACGACCGGCUGCCGUCGAGUGCGACAUGCAUGAACCUGCUCAAGCUGCCCACGUACUCGACAAAAGAAAUCAUGCGCGCCAAGCUGCUGUACGCCAUUCAAGCGAAAGCGGGCUUUGAACUGUCGUAGCCGAGUUCGUGUAACAAGCUCGUCUACUUUGUUCGUGCUACGUGAAGGACGCUGGAUGCAUUCAGCGCAGUCGACAGAACGACGAGGUAGUGCCACCACGGGAAUGCCCUCGACGUCGAG